AGGUGGACAGUCGGUGAUUGACGGUGAAGGAAUCUGAUAUAAUUGACCAAAUGACCAGUAUAAACAGGUAUAUCGCACUUCAUAUCGUGUACUUCAAGACCGCUACAUGCCUACGGGAGGACCGACUCUACGAACGGGCUGCAGUGGAUACAUAAAUCGGAUAAUGGCAAUGUUGGAUUGGAUGAAGACUUGCGACCCUACGAUGUUGCCGACCGACGCUAACCCCUUAAUGGAGCGGACCGCCAUGUCAGCCCUGUCAGCCCUACGGUAGCCCUACCUACCUUAAUGCCCUAUGAGCCGACCGCUCUUCAUCGUCUUCACAUUCUUAGGUCGUCUCUCUGGAUAGCCAUUACCUACUCGAAACCGUGUAAUGUGGGUUGUUAAUGUCAUCGUUAACAGGCAAUCUCUUAGAUGGGUCCCAUCGAAAUUCUCUUAGAGCUUCAAUUCACCAAAUAUGGCGAAUAAUCUUAUACCGUUAGAAGGAUUCCAUCUGGAAGACCUCCAAGAUACACCCUGGGCUCUCUUUGACAUGGAUCUCAUAGAAGAGGAUUCCGCUGAAAUCGACAUGCUAGUUGGAGACCCAAAUUCUCACCAAUUUGAUAUCUCUUCCGCUACAAUCGACACUGUGUGUGAAAAUACGCCGGGUUAUGGUAGUACAGUCAACAGUAGUAUUGAGCGGAGGCGGUCCGGUGGCGAAGAGGUAUUGGAUAUGAAUAAUCCAAUCAUUUUAAACGACUAUGCAUCCCUGGUGUUGUUUGCGAAUAACCCAUCAGCUCACCAUCAUGACAUCGAGAACUGCGACUCGUCUAAUCAGAAUACCAUUCAAGCUCUUGCAGCUAAACUCGACCUUCAAUAUUCCUACAAUGAUUCUCUCCGGACAAUUCGGCUCCAAAAGAAGAGCUUCGGAAAGGACCUUGAGCAAUACUCGCAACAGCUAGGGACGACGACUCAGGAUUCCAUAGCGCCAUUCACACAUCAGGUAUCUUCGCCUUCGCCUCGUUGGAAUCCCAGUAACACUACAGGAAGACGACCCAGAAACUUUCCUGAUACAAGCAGCUUAUCCCCUUUCCUUCACACUGAUGUAGCCAUGGAUAUGGAUAUGUCAUCUAGUGACUUAAACUUAGGAAAUACUGGUUCGCUGAGAGGUGUAAGGAAUAACUCUUUGGCAAACCCACAAUAUCAUGAUUUUUCGGAGGACGAGCAAGACUUGAGCCGGAUGGCUUCACGACCAGUACCCUCUUCAUUGAGACAUGGUUCCUGGAUUGGAUUGUCUCGCACAUUAAAGGAGGUCGGGGCUUGUUGGAGAUGCAAGUUUCUUCGUAAGAAGUGCGAUCCCGAUCAACCAUGUAAAGCAUGUCCUAGGUCUGGAACCAUUAACUCACGAUGGCAGGCUAUAGGUUGUAAACGCGGUACCCUGUUGGAUCAUAUGCCACGCAUCUCUUUAUGUCCCAAGUCCAAUGCGCAUGGCGUGAUCGAUACUAGUUCUAUCUUUAAUCAAACGAAAGGAAGACCGGAUAUUCUGGAAGAUAUGGAUGUUGGCUCAUGUCUUCAAGACGCCUCUGAUCGCCUCGACAACGUUUUUGUCUCCGAGGGUGACACGUACAUAAAAGUUGUGCUUGAGAUUUUAUGUUCUCCUAUGGCUAUCGUGGCGAACAAAUCUCUAUCACUUAGGCAUGAUGUCGAAGCAAAUGCUAUCCACAUAGCUUGGGGCCUCAUCGAUAUUACUUCAGCGAAAGAAAUCCUGCUUAUAAAAUCCGUGGAACAUAUUCUCGACGUCAUCAAAGCUGCUAUUACCUAUGAAACGGAGUAUGGUCAAUCGCAAGCCGUUCCACUAGCUAUCAAGUGUCUUAGGAAUUGUAUCGAUAUAUUACGGCUUCAGGAUGGCGGCCAUUUGACGUACGAGCUGCACGAUGAUUGUGUACCCGGUGUAUGCUGUGUUCGACCCUUUCAGGAGUUGAGUUCCAAUAUAAAAGCCUUUACGGACGAGCUCUCGAAAGUCAUAUUCAGAAAAGAGAACCGACUCCAUGAAAAAAGAUGGUGGCUAUCGGCUUUCUAUAGCCUCUGGAUCCAAUCCUAUGUCCGCCGAACCAUCAGAUUUCUAGAAAGCCAACCGGAAUUUCAAUUUACAUCGGAGACGAAACAAACCUACUCAACUUAUCUCCUGCUUGCAGUGGAACUCUUCGACGCGACAUCGGCUUCAUUUGAUCCUCUAAUGUCGACCUGGUCGCUCGAGGAAGAGCCUCAAAAUAUGGACGUAAGACUCAUGAAGUACUAUCGGCUUGCACAGAAGGCUCUUCUCAGCGAAGCAUGGGCAUACGAUACCGUUAGUUCCGUCGACCAUCUAAGGCGCCUUUACUAUGAUGGAGACGUACCUUCAACCACACAGUCCAGGGGGGAGACACUAUUAUCUCCUUCAUCGUAUUUAGGGAAUGAUGAUGCCGAAUACCAUAAUGCGAGACCUCCAAACUUUCAGUCUCACAAAUUAACGCAGUCUCAAGGUCGAUUUUCAGUUCCAUUAAGAACCCGAUCUAGUGCGAAGCGUCGGGCUGGAUCCCCCUUACAAGAUGUGAACUUUAUCCGGCGAAAUGGAAGUUCUUCUAGCAUGUUAGACAGCAGAGACGUACGGAGUCGAGCUUUUUCGAUAGCCAGCCCAGGCUCUCCAAUGUCUUCCGCCUAUUCAUUUGCUUAUGGUACCAGUAGUUCAACCAGAUGGAAUGGAAGUGGGGAUAGUUUGGCGGAGAUGGCGAAACUCUACGGAACUAGCCCACCUAACCCUCGUGAUCAACCCGACUAUUUAAGUCCAUCGAAGGGUCAUAGGUCUUCAUUACACCACAAAAGCAGCAAUGAGAGCUUCCUUGAACUCCCAAGGACAUUAAAUAAACGACGACCAAUAAAUAUCCCUGCUUCUCCCAAAGAUAACCUUCCGGGUUUCUUCCUCUGCGAGUGUUGCCCAAAGAAGCCCAAGAAGUUCGAAACUAUGGAAGAAUUAAGUAUUCAUAAAGCAGAGAAACGGCACCAAUGCAGUUUCUGUGGUGCUCGCUUUAAGUCAAAGAACGAAGCUGAGCGGCACGAGAACAGCCUACACGUUCGACGGCACGCCUGGGCUUGCUCGAACAUGUUAAGCGUUGGCUAUAUGAAUAUCUUCCAGGAGAGCGCCAACCAGUUAGGCAUAUUUGAUACGUGCGGGUAUUGCGGAGAAGAUUUCCCUCGGAACGGAGAGGGCAUGCCAAUGUAUGCUAAUGAGCAAGACUGGGAGGACCGCCUCAAUCAUGUGAAAGAUGUUCACAAGUUUGGAGAAUGCAACUCGGCGAAGCAAUUUUAUCGGGCGGAUCACUUCCGCCAGCAUCUGAAACACUCGCAUGCUGCCACUUUGGGUCGGUGGAUAAGUGCGAUCGAGAGUAGGUGUAUGGCUGACCUCCCCGAGCCGUGAGGGUCAAUGGAUGGGCACUGAUUGGCCCUGGACAUAUUUUGAAAGUGUACUCUACCUACUAGUUAUGGGCUCAGGAACUCGAAAAGUUUCUUGUUUUUGAUAUUAAGCAAUGUCACUCUGAAUACAAUAACACCGAAUGUUACGUUACUGGCAUCAUCGUCGCCUCUAUUCUGACCUUUUUGAUGGGGUUAGGUUGAGAGAAGGGUCUCGUGCGGCAUGUAGUAUCGAACGAUUCCAGCGUCAUACUGCCACACCUUAUUGUGCAUAAAGGGCUACUCAGGGGGCAUUGCAGGUGCAGGUAAACUCAAACCUGGUUUUCGACCUGCAGGCUCAUGAAUACCUGUUCACAGCUGAGUCAAUAUACAUAAUAAUAUCCUAAGCAACAAGGUCCACAACCCAUGAAGUUUUUCUAUUACUC